GGCUUGGCCACAACUUCAUCGCUGGAGAGUAUCUCUUUAGCCCACUGUCCAAUUGGAGAUGGAGGAUUAGAAACCAUCUGUCAGAGUGUAAAGAAUUCACCUACUAUCAGAUAUGUAAACUUCACAGGAUGUAGCCUCACAUGGAGGGGGGCAGAACAUACAGCAAAUGUAUUAAAGCACCAGGCAAUGAAAAGACACGGUGAAGCUUGGGCUGAAAGCCUACGUUAUAGGAGACCUGACCUUGACUAUAUGACCGGCUUGAGGCGGAUUACUUUCAACUGCAACAUGCUUGUUGGAGACAGAGGAGCAGGUGCCUUUGCAGACUGUCUAGGAGAGGACCUUUGGCUAAAAGCCCUUGAUUUGCAACAGUGUGGAAUAUCCAAUGAAGGAGCAAGGACAUUACUAGAUGCUCUUCAAACUAAUACAACAUUAGUGGUACUUGACAUAAGAAAGAAUCCAUUAAUUGAUCACGCUAUCAUGACAAACAUUAUUGAAAGAGUUCUUGUGAAUGGAAACAGUGCUAAUUCAGAGUAUAAGUGGCUGACGUCUCCAUCUUCCAAGGAUGCUUUGAAAACUAGAACAAAGAAAAGAACUAUUGUCCUAGGAAGUGGUCGGAAAGGAAAAGCUACUAUUCGUGUUGGAUUAACUUCUAAAAAGACCAUAAGUCCUGGGAAAAAAAAUAUGUCUGUGAAAGACAGUUACUCGCCAAAACCACUACCACCGGGCGCGAAAGGCUUUCUUCCUUGGCGGACUGCAGAACGGGCAAAGAGGUGCAGAGGUGGGCCAGUGGACAGUACUGAAGAAUUACCAGUGAAGAUUCAGACAGGUGUUCCUGUGAAAGUGACAGUAGAAAGCACUUCUACAUCUGAAACUGAAGACACAGAAGAUUUAGAUGAUAUCAUUCAUCAUCCUAAUUUGGCAAAAUCGUUAGAUAAGAUUAAUGUAACGAAGUAUCAACAAUUACAG